GUUUUACUACUUUUGAUGAUAAAUAAAUAAAUUUAAAUAUAAAUAAAAACAAAACACUUGUACAUAAAAAUUAAAAACUUUAGGGCAAAAUUUUAGAGAGAGAAAGAGAUAUGAAUAAGGAAAGGUAGGUCUAGUGAGAUUAUAACCAUUGAUAGUUACUACCUAAAAAAGGCAACUCAAGCAGAUAUUGAGACCAAAUAAAAAGCUAAGCAAAGAAAAGAAUAAAUCAAUCACAACCACCUGCUUCAAGUCACCCAUUUUUAUAAAAAGAACAAAAAUGGGGUGGUCUUAAAAUUUUCUUACAUUAUUCUCCUCAAAAAAAAAAAAAAAAAAUAAAUCCUACAUCUGGGUUUUGUUUCUGAUUGGAUUCUUUCAUCUGGGUUCAUCUCCAUUUUUAUUUGUAGUAGAGAUCCAUAUUUUCUGGGUUAUUAUUUCUUUUUUCUUGCUUAAUUUGGCAAAGAUGGUGAGGGGAAAAACUCAGAUGAAGAGGAUAGAGAAUGCGACGAGCAGACAAGUGACGUUUUCAAAGCGUCGAAAUGGAUUGUUGAAGAAGGCUUUUGAGCUGAGUGUUCUUUGUGAUGCUGAAGUCGCUCUUAUUAUUUUUUCUUCUAGAGGAAAACUAUAUGAAUUUGCUAGCUGUAGUAUGCAGGAAACAAUUGGACGAUAUCAGAGGCACAUAAGAGAUGUUCAACCUGCCAAGGAGACUUCCAUGGAAGAAAAUAUGCAGAACUUGAAGGAGGAAACAGCGUGUUUGGUUAAGAAGAUAGAGAUCAUUGAAGCUUCCAAACGGAGGAUCCUGGGAGAGAAUCUAGGGUCGUGCAGUUUAGAAGAGCUGCAGCAGCUGGAAACCCAAUUGGAAAAAAGUGUCACCAAAAUUAGAGCAAGAAAGAAUCAUGUUUUCAAUGAACAAAUAAAGCAUUUUAGAGAAAAGGAGAAGCAACUUGCUGCAGAAAAUGCAAGGCUAACUGAAAAGUAUGAAAUGCUGCCAAAGGAAUCAAUUGUGGCAAAUACAGAAGAUGCAUCACCUUCAGAAGAUACAAUUAGCCAGAUUUCUGACGUGGAAACAGAUUUAUUUAUCGGAUUACCAGAGACCAGAAUUAAGCGUCUUACUAAUAGAUAGUUAAUUAGCUGGUUAAUUUUUAAGUAAGUAAUUUACCAGCUAAAUAUGGUUCAGAUUAAAUACUGGGUAUAGGCUUUUAUGCAGUUUAAUGGUUUAUGAGGCUAUGGUUGUCUAUCUUUCUAUGUUGAAUCAUCUAAAGCUUUGUACUCUGUACUCUGUAUCAUCAUCUACCAGCUAUUUACUCUACUUAAAUUACUAAUCUCUCUUCAAUAAUAAUAUAUAAAUUGCUAGAGUAUAAUAAUAGUUUUAUAUUGAU